GCGUUCAUUGUGAUAGAGAACAACAGGGCUUAAUUUAUUAUGCUACUAGUGGAAUACAAAACCUGAUAAAGGCUACCAUUCAAUUUAAAGCUCUUGAAGCGCUGAUGAAAACGGGCGCAUGCUAA